CCCACAACGCGUAUGCACUUGCAACACACCUUAAUGCUUAACUUAGAAGUAACUUAGCAGUCUUAGCAGUGCUUGGACGAAAUGUGGUGGUUAGUGCUUUGUGUUUUAGGUGGUGCGGUCAGUGAGAAUGUCACAGAGGUUAAAGAAGAUGUACCUGAGAUCUUCGACUACCAUUCCAUGCCAGCGCUAUCAGAACUGGAUGACUUCGAUGUCUGCUUGAGGAAACCAGACGCGGUCUACUGCAUAGUAGACUUUGAACUUCUGGAAGACGACACACCGCUGUAUCAGUUUAUAAAGAAUUUCUCAUCGAUUUCAUACACAAAUUACAAGCAUACGAAGUUACAUCGUGGUGUUUGCGGUUCCCAGCAAUGUGGACUUAAUGUGACACACGCAAAUGUCACGUUAUCUACCGCAGUGGCUUUGAGAGAGUGCUUCAACGAAACCAUACAUCAGGGAUAUGGGUUACAGGUGGAUUCAUUAUCAGUACGUUACUGUAAAACACAAGCUGAUAGACUACCGAUGGAUGUCUUGGAUUACACCAUAGGGGCUAUCUUGUUAACGCUUGUAUUUGUCAACCUGGGAUGUUCUGCGUAUCAUUUCUUUUGGCCUGCGGAGAAAGGAAGAGGAAAUAGAUUCAUGUUGGCUUUCUGCAUACAAAAAAAUUGGAAGGCUCUCAAACAUGGAGGCAGUGCUGAUGGCGGGAUAUUCAAAUGUUUCCAAGCUAUGAGAUUUUAUACAAUGGUUAUGAUUCUCGGUCUGCAUUCUAUGAUCUUCAUUGGCUAUGGUUACACGGCCAAUCCCGAGUUUAUUGAACACUCGUAUGACGACUUCUUCAAAUCUCUAUUAUUCAACGCGCGAGUUAUUGUACAAAUAUUCUUCGUUAUGGGCGGCUUCUUGAUGGCUUACAAGAUGUUCUUGUACGCGGAGACUCAUCCAUUCAGCUUCAAAACGAUACCCAUGGCUAUUGUCAAUAGAUGGGUAAGACUGAUGCCGGCUGUGCUCGUAGUAAUGGGUCUAGCGAUGACGUGGGUGCCUCAUUUAGGCUCUGGGCCGAUGUGGGAUGCCGUAGUAAAGCGGGAGAGAGACAUGUGUCGGAGUAACUGGUGGCAAUUGAUUAUACUUAUGCCUAAUCUGUUCCCAUUCGAACAUUUAUGUAUGCCGCAAGCUUGGUACCUCGGAACGGACACCCAACUCUUCUUAAUAACCCUGGUGGUCCUGUUGGUGAUUUGGCGCUGGCCGAGGACAGGGAUUCCCGUGCUGUCAGGAGUGAUGGUCGUCAGUCUCUUGAUACCAUUCCUACAGAGCUACUUCAUGGACCUAAUGCCUAUUAGAGUCAGCAUAUUCCCAGAAUCUAUUCGAGAUAUCUUCGGUUACAAUGAUACAUUUUACCAUGCCUACGUGUCGGCUCAAGGCAACUGGGCUGGUUAUCAUCUAGGAGUACUGACAGCUUACUUCUAUCAUAGAGCUCAAGCGGAAAAGUGGAAUUUAAAGGAUUCACUGUUUCUGAAGCUCUUGUUCGUGACGUCAAUCCCCAUCGCUAUGGGCACAGUACUAAUGGGCUGGGAUCUCCACCACCGCCGCGCGACUGCCUUCGAGUCUGCUGUAUUUAAUGCUCUCAACCAGAACUUCUUCGCUCUCGCUAUCUGCGUUUUUAUUAUUGGCUGCUUCUACAGAUGUAAUAAAAUAUACGUGAACUCAGUCGAAUGGGGACCACUCCAGCCUCUCGGGAGACUCUCUUACUGCGCGAUGCUACUCCAUGCGACUGUACUGAGGACAUACGGCGGCCAAAUGAGAAGGUCCUUUUAUGCCACGGAUUAUACUGCUAUCAUGCUCUUCGCUGGUAUCGUUUGUACAACCUUCCUCUUCUCUUUACCACUCUAUCUCUUCGCGGAAGCCCCUGCAUGUCAACUACAAAAGAUACUCCUCAGUCCCAGAAGACCGCAGAAGGAGGAGAAUGCGAACGGAAAUCAGGUGAAGCAAGGGUCUACCGUUUCUGUGUCUACAGUGUCUACUCAUAUUUAAAUAAAUUUAACUUCUAGAAAGUUCUUUUUGUUAAGAAUUUCAAAAGGCUUCUAGGAUUAUUGUUCUACAAUUGCUUUAAUAGAUACAUAGGUAUAAGUGAAGUGUAUUUUACUGUGAAUGGAAUCAGUCAUAUUCUUGUGUUUGUAAAUUUUUAUCAUAGUUUUUGAAAUAAAUAGUUGUUC